AUGGCUUCACGCCAGUCCCUUCCUACUUACCGAGACACCGAUGUGGAACUCGAUGCUCUAGCCGAAGUCCCGGGUCUUGAAGGUCCGGACUCUCCACUUCCGCUUCUACACGACAACGACGACAAUUUCGGACGGCCGACUGGGACAAGGAGUUACCCUAGCGAAAUCAUGGAAAACGCACCAAAAUGGAUGAAUAAUGCAAAGCCGUGGACUCGCUCCUUGCCGCAGAGAAUAUUCACGACCAUACAACCCCGGCUUACAGUGGGAUACGUGCUCUGGAGUCUCAUCGGGCUGUAUGUCUUAUACUGUAUCCUCAUCCAGUCGCCUCUACUCGCAUCCAGGCUACCAAACUACUCAGGGCCUUUUGAAGUUGGUGCAAUAGACAUCGAGGUCCCCGUCCGUACUCCUCGCAACACGAGCGACUCAGUUUUCGCCAGCAACGGCAAGCCGGCGUUCAACCUCGAGACAGUACUCUUCACUCUAUAUUACCCAGCCGAGAAGGGUGCCAGGGGAACAGGCCAUCACUAUUGGGUACCGAAACCCAUCAGCCUCACAGCGGAGGGCUAUGCGAGGGCCGCUCACUUCAACAACUUCAUCUCGCGACCGAUAUUUACGUUAGCACUAUGGGCUCUGGUGGGGAGCAUCAAGAUUCCUGCCCAGGUUGAUGUACCACUUCUCCCUCAGACAAGCAGUAAAGGAAAUGAGAAAUUGCCCGUCGUGGCGUUGUCUCACGGUCUGGCCAGUUCCCGGGCAGAUUACACGCACUACUGCGGUGAGCUCGCGAGCCGUGGAAUUGUCGUUGCUGCUAUCGAGCAUCGCGACGGCAGCGGCCCUGGCUCGGUCGUUACAGCUACGGACGGCAAGAGCCGCAGGGUGAUGUACCUCACCAAGAAUGAACUCAGGGGCGGCAACGAGAUGAAAUCUGAUGACUUGAAGUUUGAGCAGCUCGCCUUCCGACAGGCUGAGAUUGAAGAGACGAUAUCGGUGCUGCAGUCACUUCAUGCCGGGAAGGGGUCAAAGAUCUUCGCAAACAAUGCCCGCAAAGAAGGCCGCGGCCUCGCGGACUGGGAAAAUAGACUCGAUUUCUCCCAGACAGUCAUCGCAGGCCAUUCCUUUGGCGCAACGGGGGCGCUACAGGCUCUCAAAGGGGCAACAUCAGACGAGAAUCCGGCUGUGGGAGGUAUCGCUCUCGACCCAGGGAAGAGCAGCGGACGACUCAACACCGAUAUCGACGUGCCCGUCCUCAUCGUCCACUCCGACUCUUGGUCGAAGACGAGCACACCCUUCUUCGGCCGUCCGCACUUUGACACGGUCAGGGAUAUCGCGAGAGACGUACUGAAGCGCGUGGGCUCAAGUUGGUUCCUAACCAGUCUAAAGACGAGUCAUCCCAGCGUUACCGAUGCGCCGCUCAUUGAGCCUUUGCUGCUUCGCUGGACUACGGGGGCUACGAUUGAUGUGCGACAAGGCUUACGGGAGUAUGUGAGGGUGCCUAUGGAGUUUAUGACAUUUUUGAAAAACGGCACGAGAGACGGCGUCUUGUCGGAUGGGGUAACACAUGAGGAGUACGGGAAGGAUACGAUGAGGGACGAAGAGAGGGCGAGAAUAUCCAAAGAGACGACGAAAUACUGGCAGAUUCACGUCGCGCCGCCUCGUGAAGUGUAA